GGGGCGGUGGUGGACUGUCAGUAGGAAUAUGGCGUGGACGACGUCGGGUAAUGAUUCAGCUCGGUAGUUUAAACGUUAAUUUAGAGUCGGCGUAACACGGUCAGAGUUUGACGGUUGACCUUUGGCUUGUCGGCGCCGCGUCGGUGUGAGAGACUCGGGGGAGGCGCGGUGAGAGUUUAGCUCAGCCCUCAGGAGGAAGUGUCACCGCCUGCACCAGCGCUCUCAGUCUCUUAGCGGGGGACGAAGAGAGCCUGUCUACGGUCAUGGCUGCCCUCGGGAACUCGGGGGCCACCUCCAGUCCUAUGGUGAUCCUGGCGCCGAAGACAAAAACGAAAAAGAAACACUUUGUGCAGCAGAAGGUUAAGGUGUUUCGGGCCAGCGACCCUGUCCUGAGUGUCUUCAUGUGGGGCGUCAACCACUCGAUCAAUGAUCUCAACCAGGUGCCUGUUCCUGUCAUGCUGCUGCCUGAUGACUUCAAGGCCAACACUAAGAUCAAAGUCAACAACCACCUUUUCAACAAAGAAAACCUUCCAGGACAUUUCAAGUUCAAGGAGUACUGUCCUCAGGUCUUUCGAAAUCUAAGGGAACGCUUUGGUAUUGAGGAUCUGGACUAUCAGGUGUCAUUGACUCGCAGCCCCCCACUGAGGAGUGGAGACGACCAGGGUGAGGGUCUGCUCCUCAACUCCUACGACCGAACGCUCGUCAUCAAGCAAAUCUCCAGCGAGGAUGUUGCAGACAUGCACAACAUCCUGUCUGAGUAUCACCAGCACAUAGUCAAGUGUCAUGGAAGCACCCUGCUGCCGCAGUUCCUGGGUAUGUACCGGGUGAGCGUGGACAGUGAGGAGACCUACCUGAUCGUAAUGAGGAACAUGUUUAGCCACAGACUGGUGGUACACAGGAAGUACGACCUGAAGGGGUCUCUGGUGGCUCGUGAAGCAAGUGACAAAGAACGGGUAAAAGAGCUUCCUACCUUCAAGGACAUGGACUUCAGGAACAACAUGCAGAAGGUUUACGUAACCGAGGAGCAGAAGGAGAAGUUCAUGGAGAAACUAAACAGAGAUGUGGAGUUUCUGGUGAAGCUGAAGAUCAUGGACUACAGCCUUCUGCUCGGCAUCCAUGACGUGGGCCGAGCUGAACGGGAGGAGGAGGAAGGAGAGGAGGUGUCCAACGAGGAAGAACAGGACGCAGAGAACGGCCUGGCCCUGGGCCCCGCGGCGGGUUCUUACGGCACCUCUCCAGAGGGAAUCGCUGGUUACAUGUCCUCCUGCAAACCUCUGGGGCCCGGAGAGUUCGACCCCUACGUGGACGUGUACGCGGUCGGGAGCUGUCCAGGAGCCCCUCAGAGGGAGGUCUACUUCAUGGGCCUGAUCGAUGUACUCACUCAGUACGACACCAAGAAGAAAGCUGCUCAUGCAGCAAAAACUGUCAAACACGGGGCUGGUGCUGAAAUCUCCACAGUCCACCCUGAGCAGUACGCCAAACGAUUUCGCGACUUCAUCUCAAACAUUUUUGCGUAACACUCAGCUGUGAACACUGCCACAAACUGAAUCUGACUGAGAGCUAAAAGUCAAUUUUAUCAUUGACCAAAAAUAGUAUGCACAUACAGAUCAUUAUUUAAAUUUGGUGAUCUGAGGCGAAACUACGUUCUUUCGUUGUAGCAAUAUAAUGUACUACUUCUGAUGCAUAUAUUUAUUUUUUAGAUUUAAGAUGUUUUUCUUAUAAAUAUUAAGCACUCUUAAUGGAAUAGCUCUGGAGAAAUGGGGUACUUGGAAACAAACUGCUGUUGAUCAGUGUUCAUAGUGUUAGACCACAUCAGUAAUAGAUCAAAUAUGAAUAUAUUUCUUUUUUUUUUUCAGUUUGCUCUGGUUCCUCAGGCAUGAACUAAACAUAAAUGAGACAUAUUUGGAAAUGAGUUUACUCUCUUGUUGAGAGUUAGAUGAGAAGACUGAUACGACUCUCAUAUGUCUGUUAAAUAUGAAGCUAUAGCCAGGACAUGCUUAGCUUAGCUUAGCUUAAAGACUUGAAACUGCUAGACUGGUUCUAUGUUCCAGCACUUCUAAUUAUAAAAUGAAUUCAUGGAAACUGAGACACUGCAGCUGGCAAAGAACUGUGGGACAUGACUCACUGUAAAAACACAGUGUCUUCUAUUUAUAUGUUAGUUUUUGUACAGAUUAGAUUAAUCAGAUAUGACAUGUUCAUUAGUGAACUUUAAAUAGGGGGUGGCUGUAUUCCCCUGUUUCCAGUCUUUAUACUAAGCUAAGCUAACUGGCUGCUGAGAUAUGAGUGAUUAAAAGAAAAAUCCAUCGAUUGAGCUUCUGUAAAGUUUUUGGACUCGCGAUGGACAUUAAAAAAAAAAAAAAUCUUCAUAUUCUUCUUCCUGGUAGUCUAGACAGUGACCUUGUCUAGUAUAAUAAUAUUAUUUAUCUAUUGAAGCAGGCCAUUUGAAUGUUUAGAGUGCCAAAUGUGUGGGAUCAAAGCUUUAUCAAAGCAGGAUUUGCACUUUGCAUACAAUUAAAUCAACUCUGUGCUGACACAGCAGUUAAAUGAAACACAAUUUCAAUGGAUCAAAUAUUGUUUUCCACCAAAGUCUUUACUAAAUUUCUAAAAAAAAAAAAAAAAAAAAUGUACAGAACAACCUUGCCAGUUGAAACAGUGAAUCUGUGUGUUUAAAUAGUAGAUUUUUGCCAGCCCUGCUUCUCGUGGCUACCGCAGCCUGUAAAGACGACGUAGGAGCAUUUCCUUUACCCACAGAGCUGAACCUGCAUUAAUGAAGCGACUGAUUUUAGGAUCAGUCCUGCCUUUUUUUAUAAUAAAAUACAUCAUGUGUCGAUGUGUAAUUCGACAUCAAAACACCUCCUGAAAACGAGCCCAUCCAUCAUUAUUCUGGACAGACUCCUUUUGAACACGGUGUAGUGUUUUGUGCAUUGGAAUGGAAAACGUGCGCUAUGUGAAUCAUUGUCAUAGGAUAAGACUUAGAAAAAUAUAGCAAUAGAGCUAGGAACUGUUGUCAGUGUAUUGUAAUGAUUUAGUGAUAACCAGGGUACUGUGUUAAAUAUUUUGACCAUAACACUACAUUUAAGUAGCUCGUGCAGUUAGCCUUAACACAGUGAGAUGAUACAGCAUUCCUAAACACUGGCAAGGCAGCGUAGAUACAGUAGUACUCUGUGUGAUGCCUCAUCUACUCGAUGAUUGCACAUGUUGUAUUUUUGCAAAUCAGCUUUUGGACCAAAAUAUAUUUUAUGAAGAAUU